AUGGUAAACAUAUUUAAAGCGAAUCAAAGGGAGAAGGAAAUAGACGCCGCACGAUGCAAGGGAAAUUGGAAUGCGAUUCCUGAAUUAGCAAGAAAAUAUCGAAAACAUAUUUUAGAACAGACUGUAUUAGCGGAAUUAGCUUUAGUAAAAGCAAUUGAAAAAACCAAGGAAAUUUAUGAUAAUGAUUCACCCAAUCGUAUUACAAUGCCUACAACAGUUGAUGAAUCUUUAGUCAGUGAUGUAUUCGCUAAAUUAGAGUCGGCACUUUCACAAGCUUCAGGACAAGAGAAAGAGACUUUGAGUACCAACUUUGUUCCAUCUCAAAUACCGGUAGGAUACAAUUUCGUACUUAUCAUUCAAGGCCUAGCUAUAAAAGGAAUGGCGCAAGAAACAUUUGGUAACUUUGACGGUGCGGAUGGUGCAAUCGCUUAUUAUGAUCAGGUUGUCGCUUUACUUGCUCAAUAUUCUGGUGAAAAACAAGAACAAUUGGCAAAUUGGACGGAAGAUGUUCUAUAUCGAGCAUCAUUGCUGAAAGUAAGGUUGGGAGAUGUUAGAGGGGCACUUCAAGCCUUCAGAACAUAUCAGCAUUAUUCUACUUCUUCAUGGGGUGAAAAAUUCAGACUCAAUAAGCGUGCUGUCAUAUUUAUGAAUUUUAUAAAAUUUCUUUCGAAAACAUACCAAGAAAAGACUUAUAUUCCUCCAAGUGAACCUACCGCAUUUACACUUAAUGAACAAUCUGCAAUAUAUACUCCGCAUACGUUCCGCGUCGAGCUAACUAGUUUGCAUACAUUAUAUGAAAAUGUAUUAUACCAAAUAACGUCAUUUCCUAAGGCUGGUGAGAUAAAUCGGAGAGUUUUGGAAAUGGUUGAUCAAAUAAUGUCUGAUUGGGUUGUGUUAAAUGGUGGAACUACUACAGAAAUGCGAGGAUUGGUUGAGGUUAGAUCUCUUUUAAUAUUUUAA